CAAACUACAAACAUAAAAAGAUAUUUUGCUGUAUAGUUUGUUCUAUAUAAGCCAGAUUCUUUGUUUAGUAUUUGCUACUAAAUUCUUUUUUUUUCUACAUUUUAUUUCAAGCGUGAUUUCAUGUUUAUAGAUUUUAUAAAACAGUUAAUAUUUAAACAGCAAAAAAUGACUGACCGGAACUGUGUAAAGAUCGAAUUUGCAGUACAAAUUUCCGGUCAAAAGUGUGUUGAAAAGGUACGGUACGCUCUAGCAGAUGUCGGCCAGGUUCAGAUAGAUGCAGAUAAGGGAAGCGUUCUGGUUGAAACUUCUUUACCAUGGACAGAAAUACAGCGUAAAAUUGAAGACACUGGAAGGAAAGCGGUCCUGUCAGGAUUUGGGGGUCAAUCGGCCGUUUCAAUAGUGGAUCAUGGUAACAAAUCGACAGGAGUCCGCGGCGUGGUUCGAUUCUGUGCUCUCGCCGAACAGGGAGUUGUAGUAGACGGUGUUAUAGAUGGACUCGAGGAAAGUAAACCAUACAGACUGAAUGUGCACGAAUGUGGCGAUAUAUCAGACGGAUGUGACUCGGUGGGAUCAGUAUACAAUUCAAGUAAUAUUAAUUCCGAUGAAAAUGGUCGAGCUACGGUACGGUUCGUAAAUAAACGGCUGGCCGUAUGGGAUAUAAUUGGGAGGUCGGUCGUAAUAGCGGAAUCUGAUGAAGAUAGAAGGUUAACUUGUGGAAUUAUUGCCCGUUCGGCUGGGAUAUUUGAAAACUAUAAAAAGAUAUGCGCUUGCGAUGGUGUGACUAUUUGGGACGAACGAGACAGACCAUUGGCAGGAACCAAACGCAGGGACGGCCAGAAAUCAACGCUUUAAGUGUUGGAGUGGCAGAAGCAUUUUUGGUAAGGGUAAUCAAGGUAAUACAUUGCUUUAUUCAAUAAUAAUAAUGUUGGUGGAAAGAAAUAAAAUUUCUUUAGUAACAGAAA